GUGACGUUACGGAGGAGAGGAAUGCUUCCGGGGAACCAGUCAGACUUGGCUCAUACACCUUUAAAUGUCUGUCAAAAUCAGCAAGAGCCACCUACAAACAUCUCAUCUGGCCAGCUUGGUGUUGAAGUUGUACCCCUAUGUCUUCUGUUUGUACUUGGCUAGAAUUUCUCCUGCAAGACAAUAGUCCUGUUCCUGACUGAACUACCAAGAAUGGACAUGAGCAAAAAAGUGAUGACUGAGAAGAUAUUAAAUCUCACCCUGGAGAUCAUCUACCUGCUGACUGGCGAGAGUUGCAAUGUAGUGAAGAAGAAAUCUGGUGAAUGUGUGAUCCCUGGUGUAUCAGUAGUAUGGAAUAGGACCCAGAGCCCCACCAUGAAGUCUCCACCUCUCCCGCUGAUACCUGAGAGAAACAAUGACCAGAAGAUCCUAGAACUUGCCAACACGAUCAUUGAGCUGCUGACUGGAGAGGUUCCUAUAAGAUGUCAGGAUGUCUCUGUCCAUUUCUCCAUGGAGGAGUGGGAGUAUUUGGAAGGACACAAGGAUCUGUACAAGGACUUAAUGAUGGAGGACCACCAGCCAUUCACUUCACCAGGCAAAGGUUUUACUGACGAAAACUAUGGCAUUAUUCACCCCUCACCCACCCCCGGGUGUUUAUCUCCUACAGAUAAAUCCAGUGAGAGAAAUCCACCAGAAUGCUGUAUCAGUCCUCUGUAUUCCCAGGAUUGUCCAGAGGAAGAUGAGAAUGUCCCACAGGAUGAUCAGGUUGAAGAUCUCUUUGAUAUGAAAGUUGAAGUUAUGGAUGAAGAUGAAGAGAUGUAUGAGAUGGGUGAUCAGCAGUUUAAGGAGGAGAGAAUCCCUAUAGGAAUCAACCCAGAUGGCAACAGCAAAGGAAGUCUUUCACUUCCCAAUUAUGAAUUUGGAGAAAAUGAUUAUACACAAAAUUCUUCAGGAAAAGAUCACAUGUCACAAAUUAUUUAUCGAAAUCACAGCCAAGAUCUGUCAUCUCAUGCCUCAUAUCAAGAUCAUCUUUCUCCUCAUAAAUCACAAAUCAUUGCUAAACAUAGAGAGUGUGAAUUAUUUCCUUUUUCAGAGCACAGGGAACGUUUUACACAAGAAGUGAAUCUUCAAAAUGAUCAGAAGACCCACAUGGACAUCAAUGAACAUCCAUCUUCGAAAUGUAUGAAAUGUUUUACCCAGAAUGGUAGUCUGUGUACUCAUCUGAUGAUUCAUAAAGGCUUGAAGAAGUUUUCAUGUUCACUUUGUGGGAAGUUUUUUACCCGAAAAUCAUAUCUUGUUCAUCAUCAGAGAAUUCACAUGGGGGCGAGGCCUUUCCCAUGUUCAGAAUGUGGGAAACGUUUUACACAGAAAUCCGUUCUAGUUCAACAUCAGAGAAUUCACACAGGGGAGAAGCCAUUUUCCUGUUCGGAAUGUGGCAAAUGUUUUACCAUCAAAUCAAGUCUUGCUGAACAUCAGAAAAUUCACACAGGAGAGAGGCUGUAUUCCUGUUCAGAUUGUGAGAAAUGUUUUUCCAAGAAAUCAGAUCUUGUUAAACAUCAGAGGUUUCACACAGGGGAGAAGCCUUUUUCGUGUUUGGAAUGUGGAAGAUGUUUUGCAAAUAAGUCAAAUCUUGCUGCACAUAUGAGGAGUCACACUGGGGAAAGGCCAUUCUUAUGUUCGGUAUGUGGCAAGUGUUUUACCAAGAAAUCAAUUCUUGUUAAACAUCAGAGAUUACACACAGAAGGAAGGCAAUUUUCUUGUCCAGAGUGCGGGACAAUUUUUACAAAGAAAGCUGAUUUUGUUAGACAUCAGAGAACCCACACAGAGGUGAAGCUGUUUACGUGUUUGGAAUGUGGGAAAAGUUUCACUCGAAAAUCUGUUCUUGUUCAGCAUCAGAAAAUUCACACAGGAGAGAGGCCGUUUUCAUGUUCAGAAUGUGGGAAAUGUUUUACCCAAAAAUCUGAUCUUGCCGACCAUCAGAGAAUCCACACAGGAGAGAAGCCAUUUUCUUGUCUGGAAUGCGGAAAAUGUUUUACUAAGCGAACAAGUUUGGCUCAGCAUCAGAAAACUCAUACAGGAGAGAAGCCAUUUUCAUGUUCAAUUUGUGGGAACUGUUUUACCCAGAAAUCUUAUCUUAUUAGACAUCAGAAAAUUCACACAGGGGAGAAGCCAUUUUCAUGCUCGGAAUGUGGGAAAGGAUUUACCCGGAAAUCAAGUCUCAUAGCACAUCUAAAGGUGCACACUGGGGAGGAUCCAGCUCUUGUUGACCGUCAAAUAAUUCAGAUAGAGGAGAAGUCGUUUUUUGAUCAAACUCUGGGAGAUGUAAAUGCUAGUUCAAUCUCUUUUCUACCUAAGAUCUUCAACAGUGCAGACUCUUGAUGUCUCUAGUAAUGUUUUUCCAACAGUUUUUAUUUUAUUUUUUUUAUUCUGUAAAAUAAUCCCUUUUUUGCUUGUAUUGUAUUUAUGAAAAAGUUUUCUAUGGCCAGUGGACAAGGUUUUGGAUAUGUAAUUAUGUCAUACAAAUUGUAUUACUAUACAUAACUAUGGUGUGGGAUGGUGAUAAUAACAAUAUUCAUUUUUAUAUGAAAGAAUCUGGUCCGCACAGUACUUAAUACAAGACCACUUUCACAUGGUCAGUAUUUAGCAUUUGUAUUUGUAAGUCAAAACCAGGAGUGGGUCCAAAACACAGAAGAGGCACAGAUUGUUCCGUUAUACUUUUUCUCUAUAUGUCCUACUUUUUGAUUGGCUUACAUUGAUGCAAAAAUACUGACUAUGAAAGUGGCCUGAGUUAUAUGAUCAUCUACUUACACCAUAAAACAGGUACAGAGGAAGAUAACUGAUAAAUAUACAAGGUAAUACAUUAAAGGGGUGUUCUAGCUAAACAAAAAUAUUUGACAGCAGGCUCGGGGGGGGGGGGGGGAAGGAGGGCUUAAGGCAAUCCCCCCACCCCUUCUUCCAUUC